GGUUCUGAAUGCAGCAGCGCGGGCUCUCCUGUAACCGCCGCGCCCGGAGCUUCUCCCGAGCCCGCGUCGCCGUCGAGGGCUGUUAACCUCGCAACACCCCUCCCCAAGCAAUCAACAAACGAACGCGCGGGCACGCUGUGAUGGCCGCCGCCGCCGCCGCCGCUGUGAAUGGGAGCCUAGACGUGCAUGAGAGGAAGGCGCAGAGGAGCUACUGGGAGGAGCACUCUGGGGAGCUCACCCUCGAGGCCAUGAUGCUUGACUCCCGAGCCGCCGAACUCGACAAGGAGGAGCGCCCCGAGGUUCUGUCUUUACUUCCUUCUUAUGAAGGAAAAUCUGUACUGGAACUGGGAGCCGGAAUAGGUCGCUUUACUGGUGAACUGGCUAAGACAUCUGGGCAUGUUUUUGCAGUGGAUUUCAUUGAAAGUGCCAUUAAAAAGAAUGAAAGUACAAAUGGUCACUACGACAACACAUCAUUUAUGUGUGCUGAUGUUACAUCCCCGAACCUGAUGAUUGAAGCAAACUCCAUUGAUCUGAUAUUUUCAAACUGGUUGCUGAUGUAUCUUUCAGAUGAGGAGAUUGACAAGUUGGUAGAAAGAAUGGUAAAAUGGCUGAAGGUCGGUGGCUAUAUCUUCUUUAGGGAAUCUUGCUUCCAUCAAUCUGGAGAUUUAGAAAGGAAAGUUAACCCGACACACUAUCGAGAACCAAGGUUUUAUACCAAAGUAUUUAAAGAGUGCCAAACCUUUAAUCAGGAUGGCACUUCCUUCAAACUUUCUCUGGUUACUUUCAAAUGCAUUGGAGCUUAUGUAAACAUCAAGAAAGAUCAAAACCAGAUAUGUUGGUUAUGGCAAAAAGUAAAUUCAUUAGAAGAUGGGGGAUUUCAAAGUUUUUUAGACAAUGUGCAGUACAAAGCCACUGGAAUAUUGCGCUAUGAACGUAUCUUUGGAGAUGGUUACGUGAGCACUGGUGGAGUUGAGACUACAAAAGAAUUUGUGGAUAAACUGGAUCUUAAGCCUGGACAGAAGGUGCUUGAUGUUGGUUGUGGAAUUGGGGGAGGUGAUUUUUACAUGGCUGAGAAGUAUGGUACCCAUGUUGUUGGUAUUGACCUUUCCAUUAACAUGAUAUUGUUUGCCCUUGAGCGUUCCAUUGGGCGUAAGUGCUCAGUUGAGUUUGAAGUCGCUGAUUGCACCACUAAGACGUACCCAGACCACAUGUUUGAUGUCAUCUACAGCCGUGACACUAUCCUUCAUAUACAAGAUAAACCCUCCUUGUUCAAAAGUUUCUUCAAAUGGCUAAAACCUGGGGGAAAGGUCCUAAUCAGUGACUACUGCAAGAGUCCUGGGAAACCAUCAGAAGAGUUUGCAGCAUACAUUAAGCAGAGGGGUUAUGAUCUCCAUGAUGUAGAGGCUUAUGGACAGAUGCUCAAGAAUGCUGGUUUCAGUCAUGUCAUUGCUGAAGACCGAACUGACCAGUUCCUCAGUGUUUUACAGAAGGAGCUAGAUAAAUUUGAGAAGAACAAAGAUGAUUUCCUGUCCGAGUUUGCCCAGGGGGAUUACGAUGAUAUCGUGAAUGGAUGGAAAGCAAAACUGCAGAGGACCUCUGCUCGUGAGCAGAGGUGGGGGCUGUUCGUCGCCACCAAGUGAACGGUGAUGCCCAUGUGGCCUUACAAAUAAAAUGGCUUUCGCAGUUCACCGAUGGGAUUGACUUCAUAGCGUGAUUUUGCAUUAUUGAACUCUGAGAGCCUAUCCUAUUUCUUUGUGCUUUGGGACUGGUUUAACUUUACGGUCCUGUGAUCGCACUGAAACAUAGAGCGUGCUGUACUGAUGCCACCUUUCUGUGGAAGUGUAAUAAGCUCCACGCAUGGCUCGGCAUGCGGCUACAUGGAUGAUAUAUGCACAUGAAAUUUGGUAUUUCCAAAAGGAUUUUAAAAAUGAUUUUGCAUC